AUGGGAUUCCGUAACAGCAGAUGCGAUGCUUCCCUUUUCACCUACAAACAGGGGCCUGAUACGGCAUAUUUACUAUUAUAUGUUGAUGAUAUUCUUCUUGUCACCUCCUCUGACGCUCUUCGUCAUCGUCUUCUAGCCACUCUUUCAACUGAAUUUGCCAUGAAAGACCUUGGUCCGCUCAGUUAUUUCUUGGGCAUCUCUGUUUCUCGGAACAAGAACACCAUGUUAUUGUCUCAGCAGUCGUAUGCCACCGAUAUUAUUACUCGUGCAGGGAUGCAGUCUUGCAACUCAGUUGCUACCCCAGUUGACACAAAUGCCAAACUCAGUACCUUAUCCAGUGACCCGUUUCAUGAUCCUACUCUGUACCGCAGUUUAGCAGGGGCUCUUCAGUAUCUUACCUUCACUAGACCAGACAUCACAUAUGCGGUUCAGCAGAUUUGCAUGCACAUGCAUGCCCCUUGUGUAGAUCACUGGAAUGCUUUAAAGCGGAUCAUACGGUAUAUUAAGGGCACCUCAUCGUUUGGUCUCACUCUCGGUCCAUCUCCUUCUACUUCCCUAGUGGCAUAUACUGAUGCUGAUUGGGCCGGGUGCCCUGACACCCGACGUUCUACGAGUGGUUAUUGCGUCUACUUCGGUGAUAAUUUGAUUUCCUGGUCCUCCAAACGCCAGGCGACUGUCUCUCGUUCUAGUGCCGAAGCCGAAUAUCGUGGGGUCGCCAAUGUAGUUGCCGAAAUUUGUUGGCUUCAUAACCUGCUGCUCGAACUCUCUCUGCCUCUCACGCGAGCUACCAUGGUUUAUUGUGAUAAUGUCAGUGCCAUUUAUCUCUCUGGCAAUCCGGUUCAACACCAGCGCACGAAGCACAUUGAGUUGGAUAUACAUUUCGUCCGCGAACAGGUUCAGCGGGGUCAUGUUCGCAUUCUUCAUGUACCGUCUCGAUAUCAUAUUGCCGAUAUUUUCACCAAAGGGCUACCAAGAAUUUUAUUUGAAGAUUUUCGUGCCAGCCUUCGACUGCGGGGGUGUAAUAGCGAUCAUGAUUAUAGGGACUAUUAUUAG